AUGAAGACUGGUGCUAUUUUGACCCUUUCAGAGAGUAAGGUUGCAGAAUACAAUGAAGAAUGGGUAAAGAAGAGGAAGGCCAAGCUUCAUAAGGCGCAAGAAAAGGGGUUGGUUGAGUUAUCGACGAAACCUCCCCCAGUUCAGGCAUUUCACUUAGAACUCGGCGUAAGCCUGCCUGACCAGGCUGAGGAUGUGGGCGAAUGGAGCAAGGAGUGGGGCAUGAUCGCUAUGGGGAAGGACUUUAAGUGGAAGACUGGCCCUCACCAGCUGUGGACUACUUGCCUGCUUGGAAGAGAAUUCCCCUACCCCGGCAACUCACUCUUUUCCAUCAGAAAAAGCAAUUUUUCCCUUGCUUGGCAGCAGUGGGCUUGCUCCAAGCCUGAUUGGGGUUUACUAGAUAAGCGAAAGCUAAAGAUUCAUCGGGUUUUCUGCGUUGGUCUAGCUCUUUGCCCUAGGGACUUUCCUACGAGUCCGGGAGGACUGCAUGGACUUAUCUUAGGAGAAGAAUUUGGAGUUGUAUCGCGUCAGAGUAGCUUGUACGCUGAACUGACCGUGAAGCGGCCACUUGGACUUGCCCCCCUUGAAUCCGUGCAAUCUGGAAUCAAGGCACUGCCCGAAUCUCGUCAAUUUUCUCACUUGGGAGAACAUGCUGCAAUGUUGAAAGAUCCCAUUCGCCCUUCGCCUUACAGCGGCGUGUUCGCGUCAGGAAACCUGAAAAGCCUAAAUGAAGGUUCACUAAGCAGACAUUAA